AUGGAAUCACUCCAGGCCCUGCUCGCAGCCGCAGUUCAAAGUGGGUCGCCGAGUGAAAGAAGAGAGCAAGACGGACUGCCACCUACGAAGAGACGCUUGAGGUACACGGACCAAGUGGAGGAGCCGCCCAGGGAGCGAGAGUUGCCCAACCCAACCCCCAUGGUAAUGGAGCAGCGAGAGAAGGGACAUACUAAGAAGAGUCCGUUUACAACACAAAUACUAGACGACGAACUCCCGGGGUCUUUUCGACCGGUCAUGUACGAGUAUCUGGGAACUACAUACCCAAAUGAGCAUCUGUGUAGGUUUAACAACACCUCGGACCUGCAUCGUUUCUCGGAAGGGGUAAAAUGCAGGGUGUUCACUACCACUCUCGCAGGACCGGCCCAAGCAUGGUUUAGCCAGUUGCGACCUUCGUCAAUAGGCAGUUUCGACCAACUCGCCUCCGUUUUCCUUGAUCAUUUUGCGAGCUCCAAAAAGCAAAAGAGAAGUACCUUGACCCUCUUCACCGUCAAACAGCGGGAGGGAGAACACCUACGAAGCUUCGUCAAGCGCUUCAUAACAGCCACGCUAGAGGUACCAAUAACCUCCGAGGAGGUCUUAAUCAACGCUUUAGCCCAGGGGCUAAGAUUGGGAGAUUUCUUUACCUCCAUAUCCAAAAAACCCCCUCUGUCAUUCAAUGAAUUAUUAAGAAAGGCGGAGCGAUAUAUGAACGCGGAGGAGGCAGAACUGGGUAAGGCUGUCGACAAAGGAGUGGACAAAAGAAAAGAGAGGAAGGAAGAGAAGAUACAAAGACCCCUCGUAGCCAGAAAGGAGGGAUUAGGGGAAAGAAAGGUGGGCCCUCGGUUUGAAAAUUAUGUCUCGUUGGUCGCACCUCCUGCCGAAAUUCUGAUGGCCAUCGAGAAUCACCCCAAAUUGAAGUGGCCUCGCACCUACUCCGAAGUUCCUAAGAAAAAUCCUGUCGCGGGGAGUUUCUGUCGAUUUCAUAAUGAUUACGGGCAUACCACAAACGAAUGCCAGCAUCUAAGGGACGAGAUAGAAAGGUUGAUCCGGGCAAAAAACUUGCCUGAGUUUGUCAAAACUGGACAACUCUCGGCGAACAGGGCGAUCCCGCAUGAUAGAGCCGGUGUUAACCGACCCGAAAAUACACGAGAGAAGGCGGGCGAACGAAAGGAGCAACCCCCGACAGGAGGAUUCAUCCAUAUGAUACACGGGGGACCGUCGGGUGGUGAUUCUAACAGAGCCCGGAGGGCCCAUCUGAGGCAAUUGAGGGAAACGGAAGAGCUCUUUGGGGAAGUGGAAGCGGCUGAUUUGGCAAGUCGAGCAAAUUUACAAAUGCUUUACGAGAUGGAGUCACAGCUUGCCGAAGUACAGAGAGUAUCUCAAGUUCCUCCCAUUAUGUUUGGAAGGGUAGAUGAAGAGGGGAUACAACAACCUCAUACAGAUGCACUGGUGAUCACAGCUAUGGUGGCCAACUUCGAUAUCGCACGAAUACUAGUGGAUACGGGAAGCUCGGCGGAUGUCAUCUUUUAUAGCUGUUUCAAACAGAUGAACAUGAAUUUCGAAUUAAAGUAUGUGGAAACCAGUUUGAUGGGGUUCUCGGGCGAAACGGUGCAGGCUCUGGGGGAAGUCUGCCUUCCCAUCUCGCUAGGUAUGGAGCCUGUGCGAGCCACCCGAUCGAUAAACUUUCUGGUACUAGAUGUCCCUUCCACCUACAACAUGAUACUUGGUCGACCAUCUAUGAAUUUAUUCUGA